AGUCAUACUUCAUAUAAUGUGGUUGUAAUCAUAACCCAAAGUUUAGAACCUGUAGAAGUAUAUACAAAAUGCACGGUAUAACAACGUGCUGAGAAGACGCAGUGGAAUAUGUAUGUAUGUGUUUGAUACUGCAGUGUAUGUUGAGAUGAGAUGCAUAGUAUAGAAAUUAUUGUGACUAAGAAAAAGACAGAAUUUGUAUAGUAGUUGGUAAAAGUUGGUGAACAGCGCCACGGAAAUAACCAAGGAGCCAAGUGAACACGCGAUAAUACACCAGUUAAAAAAAGAUAGCAAGUUAUGAAAAAGUAGGGAUAGUAUAAGAGUAAGUGAGAUAGUUAAAAUGGUAUAUUUAAUAUGAUCAAGUGAGAUGAAAAAACAGCGGGAGAUCCAUUCAUCUCUAAGCGCCAAGUUGGCUGGUGAUUCGUUGGUUCUUCAUGAGUCUGUAUUUUCAUUGGUUAGGUCUGUUUACCAGCUGUGCCAUACUGAGUAGAGGGGGGUGUGAGAGACAAGCGGCGCCAUUAUUGUAAGGGGUUACAUUUAGCUUGCCGUGGCGUAGUACGCGGCGUUUGGGAUAGGGGGCUAUAGUACCUUCAUGCAUGGCCCAUAAAGGAUUCGUCGACUAUCCGAGAAGUACGCAAGAAACGGCUUCUAUCACCUGACAGGCCGCGGAUCACCCGUUGUCUCGUGCCCAAUUAGAUCAAUUUCCCCGGUUAUACGUUCGACAGCUGUGAUACGCGGCCAUCUACCCAUCUCUUAAUCGUUAUAUGUUGUGUCUGCCAAAAGAGUUGGGGAUUUGUUAUUAUUUAUUUGUUUUUUUUAUUAUUAUUAUUGUUUUUAUUUUUUUGUUUUUUUUUUUUGGUAAAUUUUCAAUUUUAUUAAUGAAGUAUUAUCGUUAUAACGGGGUGGGGGGGUGUUGACAUUAUAUUGAUGACAACUUAUACCCAAGUGAUAUUGUUAACUUGCAAUAAAAUAAUAAUACAAAAGUGAUCGCUUCAAUAUUCGUUGUACGGAAUUUUGAUAUAUAUAUGUGUGACUGACUGAAAUCAUACACGUUGACAUGAAUGUUGUCAUCAGUUUUGAAGUAGUGUAAUGUGACUGGUUAUGCAAGUGGUAAUAAAAAAGUGCGAAUAAAGCACCGAUAAAAACACUUCAAACCGGCAACCGAAAAAAGAAAAAAAAAAACAAACAAAUAAUAAAAAUAGUGAUUAAACAGAAAAAACAAAAAAAAAAACAUAAAUCACAUGCUACUGAAAAAAAAAAGUUAAAUACCAUUAAAGCUAAAAGUGGGGAUUGAUGCUAUUUUGAAAAAAAAAGUAUCUAUUAUCAAAAAAUAGCGGAAAAAACGCAUGGGUUUUUCGUAUUUUAAAAAAAGAAAAAGUUGUGGUGUAUUCUAACGGAAAGGAUAAUAAACCUCUCAGCGUGUUGUCCUUCCUAUACAAUAGCAAAAAAAAAAAUAAACAGAGAGAAUACAAGAAAAGUAAGCACAGCAUGACGGUAAAGACUGGGUAUGUUGAAAAUAGAUAUUGACUGCCCAACGGUUGACAGUCAAUCGAUGGUGCAGCGAUGAGUUCCAAGUUUAUCAUCGAUAGUAUGCUACCAAAAUAUCAUCAGCAAUUCCAUCAUCAACAAUUAUUUGCAAAUACAAAUUCAAGUUCAAUUCAAGCUUGCUCAAGUGGCUCAUCAACAGCAAGUCUUGAGUCAAGCAUUUCAGCAGCCGCUGUUGCUGCAGCAGCUGUUAAUUACGCUCAUCACAGUUCACCAUCACCAACAGGAUCAAGUCCACAACACUCUGGUAGUUCAGCAUCAACAUCACCAGCAGCAAGAAAUACAUCUAGUAUGUACCCUUACGUAUCCGCAGCAGCGGCUCAUCAUCAUCAUCAACAACAGCAAGCAGUUGCUGCUGCUGCAUUUGGUGCCACAUCAUCAAUGGUACCAGGUUUUGGCAGUGCAUCAAGUGCAGCAUUAGCCGCAGCAGCAGCUGUUGAUGCUGCAACUGGUGACAAAUCAUGUCGUUAUACUGCUAGUCUUACAGGUAAUGUUGCACCAAGUUCCACAGAUCCAAUGAGUUAUAAUUUGGGUCAUCAUCAUCAAAAUGGAGGUUCAUCUGGUGGUCUUGUAUCAUCAGCACCUGUAUCAUCAUCAGCAGUAUCAGCAGCAUCAGCAUCAAUGGCAGCAGCUGCACAAUUUUAUCAUCAAGCAGCCGCAGCAUCGGGUGUAGUUGAUCCACUUACUGGAUCAUGCCAGCAACCAACACCUGGACAACCUGGAAUACCUGAUAUCCCAAGAUAUCCUUGGAUGUCAAUCACCGAUUGGAUAAGUCCUUUUGACCGAGUUGUCUGUGGUGAUAAUUUUCUUCCAGGUCCAAAUGGCUGUCCGAGACGACGAGGACGACAAACAUACACACGUUUUCAAACACUUGAAUUAGAAAAAGAAUUUCAUUUCAAUCAUUAUUUAACAAGACGACGAAGAAUAGAAAUAGCACAUGCAUUAUGCUUAACAGAACGACAAAUAAAAAUUUGGUUUCAAAAUAGACGUAUGAAAUUAAAAAAAGAAUUAAGAGCUGUUAAAGAAAUUAAUGAACAAGCAAGAAGAGAACGUGAAGAACAAGAUAUGAUGAAAAAACAACAAGCUGAAAAACAAGCUAAAAUGCAAGAACAACAAAAUGCAAUUCAACAUCAACAACAUCAUGUAUCUGGUAUGGAUAAAGCACAAAAUGAUCUUUUGAAGGCUGUCAAUAAAGUGCCAACAUAGAUGAUAAAACUUAAAAAUAUAAUUAUCACGGCUUUCAGUUAUCAUUAUAACAAGAAAAAAAAAAAUUUUUUUUGUUCAAGUAUCUUUUUUAUUAUUUUUUCUUGGGUAUAGUUUUUGGAGCAAACCAAAUCCUCGAUAACGUACUUACUUGGCCAUCCGAAACAAGAUACUCAAUGAAAUCUCAAUAAUAUGAGUAAAAGUUUUGAAAUAAAAACAACCAAGCCUGACGGCCAUGCCUGACUGAUUCUUAGAAUGUAUUUUUUAAUGAAAAAAAUAAAUAAAUAAAUAACAAAUUAGAAAAAAAAAAAAGGA